ACCGAUUAGAUGAGGUCCAACAUACCCGACCCGCUUAACACCCGGACUAAACAGUGUCCGCUGUCCGCUUAAUCCCCAUCCAGCCAUUAUCAUCUCCUUCUUCACCUUCGGCUUCACGUGAUUUACAGCACACACACACAUACACACUCUGUCAUCCUCCCUUCACCUCCCCCAAUCCCACCCAAAACAAACCCACAUUACCUUCUUUAAUCCCCAUCCACAAAGCUCAAAUCCCCCAAUCUUAUCAUGUAAUCAAUCCACCAAGCAAUGCACCCCAUCAAAACCCGCCUCAACAACCACAGCCCUUCACCUCCUGCAUCCCCCCGCAUCCGUCACUCUCGCUCCAAAACCUCCGCCCGCUUCACCCACCAAUCACUCCCUCACCGCUUCGCCUGGAUCUUACUCUCCCUUCUCAUUCACCGCCAGGGCCUCUUCUUAUUUGUACCGCUUCUUUACUUUUCCGGUAUGGUCUUUUACUCCGGGACCAUGCAAUUCGACGUCGUUUCAGGUGGAAUUCAACGGUCCAUGGCGGUUGGAUCGGUGUACCGGAGCCCCGAGCUGUAUGUGAAGGUCCGGGGUGAUAUGGAUGCUGAUAAUUCCACUGCUGAUGCGAUAUCAACGGUAUGGAAACGCGCUAAAGGUGCAGGUUGGAAGCCUUGUAUAAGCAAGUCUUCACUAGGCUUACCAGAGUCCAACGGGUACAUAUAUGUUGAGGCAAACGGUGGCUUAAAUCAGCAGAGAACAUCGAUAUGCAAUGCAGUUGCUGUGGCGGGAUAUCUUAACGCAACGCUAGUGAUUCCUAAUUUCCAUUUUCAUAGCAUAUGGAGAGAUCCUAGUAAGUUUAGUGACAUAUACGAUGAAGAUUUUUUCGUUAAAACUCUAGAAAAUGACGUACGGGUGGUCAACACUAUACCUGGAUAUUUAAUGGAACGGUUUGACCACAAUAUGUCAAACGUAUUCAACUUCAAAAUAAAAGCUUGGGCUCCUAUUCGUUUUUACAGGGAUACGGUUCUUCCAAGGCUACUAGAAGAAAAGGUCAUAAGGAUUUCACCAUUUGCAAACCGAUUGUCAUUUGAUGCGCCUCCAGAGGUUCAACGGCUUCGUUGUUUGGCGAAUUACGAAGCUUUGCGGUUUUCAGAUCCUAUAUAUAGAAUGGCUGAAACAUUAGUUUCUAGAAUGAAAGAACGAAGUGUAAAUAAUGGUGGCAAGUACAUUUCUGUGCAUCUACGCUUUGAAGAGGACAUGAUUGCUUUCUCUUGCUGUGUAUAUGACGGUGGACGAAAAGAACUCGAAGAUAUGAUAGCCGCAAGAGAAAGGGGUUGGAAAGGAAAAUUUACUAAACCCGGUAGAAUCCUUCAGCCCGGAGUCAAUAGGGUUAAUGGCAAGUGUCCGUUAACACCUUUAGAGGUUGGCUUGAUGCUUAGAGGAAUGGGAUUUGAUAGAAGUACGUCUAUAUUUCUUGCGUCAGGACAUAUAUAUAAUUCCGAGAGAUAUAUGACUCCUCUGCUAGAAAUGUUUCCGCUUUUACAAACUAAGGAAAUGUUAGCAUCUGCUGAGGAACUUGCACCAUUUAAGAAUUAUUCUUCGAGGAUGGCUGCUAUAGACUACACGGUGUGUCUACAUAGCGAAGUGUUUGUGACAACUCAGGGCGGAAAUUUCCCGCAUUUUCUUCUUGGUCACAGAAGAUAUAUGUAUAACGGACAUGCAAAGACGAUUAGGCCUGAUAAACGCAAGUUAGCCUUGUAUUUUGACAAUCCUAAUAUCGGUUGGAGAACAUUCAAAAGACACAUGCUAGGCAUGCGGGCUCAUAGCGAUGCAAAGGGUGUCGAAUUAAAAAGACCGAACGACUCAAUAUAUUCAUUCCCAUGUCCAAACUGCAUGUGCCAUACAAAUAAAACAGAGGACUCAAAAACAUCAGCACCAUGAUGGUUCUCAAAAGUUAACCAUAUAUUUUGGGGCUGGCUAACCUCAUUUAUUGAUAGAAAAUUAUUUGGUUAUUUCAUCCUUUUUCAUUGGGAAAGAGGGCUUACUUACAUUUUCUUUUCCGCAUUUGGGAUUUUUUUAUUUUUUUGAGUUUUAUACAAAUGUGGCUGAUUUUCAUUGGUAGUUUGUACAUUAGAUUUGAUUUUGAUUUGAUAACAUGUGAGAGAGAUAAUAGGAACAUGUAUUUGUAAAACAGAGUGGGUUCCUUUUCCAGAUGUCAUACUUGUGUUCAUAUUUGUGCUA